CUGCGCUCUCACACCAUUGCACCGAGCAAAGAAAAGAAGCCUCUCAAGAACAGCACAAGAACCAGCUCAGAUUAGCUAUAGCAAACGUCCAAGAGCAGAAGAAGCAAUGAGGCCAGGAGCAGGGUUCAACGAGACGGCGGCGGCCAAGGCGGCCGUGGUGGCCCCCGUGGCCGCGGCCGGCGCGGCGCAUUCCGCGUGGCACUCCCCGGUGCCGUACCUCUUCGGCGGCCUGGCCGCCAUGCUCGGGCUCAUAGCGUUCGCGCUCCUCAUCCUCGCCUGCUCGUACUGGAAGCUGUCCGGCUACCUGGAGGGCGGCGCCGGCCGCGGCGACGACGACGGUGCGUCCGCCGACGGCGCGAAGCCCGCGGCCUCGGAGCUGCCGCCGCCGAUAUGGGAGGAGAAGAUACUGGUGAUCAUGGCCGGGGACGUGAAGCCGACGUACCUGGCCACACCCAUGUCGAGCAGAGCCUCCUCCUUCGGCGACAGGAGCAACAACGGAGAGGACGACGAGAAGAAGAAGGUGCAGGAGGUCGCCAUGGGUAGCCUCAAAGAUACCGAGAAUGGUGAGCACAGUGAGAGCCAGAGAGACAGAGAUGAGCACCACAUCCCAGAGGUGUGAGUUUUGCUUCCAUUUUUCUUUUUUUUGCUUAGAUUUUAGGUCUAUUUUGAUGCAUCGGUGAGAUGAUCAGAGAUUCAGAGUACGUUGCUCGCGAUUGUUGGCGGAGCACAGAACGCACAGCAAUUUUGUUUUGGUUCCCUCGAAGAAAAAAAGUGUAGUUCUUUGAUGCCGCCAAACAGAACAGUACAGGAUUGGAUAACCACCUCCUCAUCAAAAAUGUCCAAUUUUGUGGGGUUAUCUGUAAUUCUUGCAAUGUCAAACGGAGCAGAGAGCAGAUGAUCAUGAAUGAUGACCAUUGCCAUCAGAACAACACCAACCAAGAUCAUAGUUUUGUAGAGCAACACAUGUAACUUUUUUCGUUUCUUUUUGCUACAAUGACAAGGGCAGCUUUGCUAAGCCUUUUGUUUCUUGAGGAAAAGCUGGUUCCUCUCUAUUUCCUUUCUGUUUGUUUUUGCUCCGAGCGAAUGGAAAUGGGAAUAUUUUUGCUUCCUCUUCGUCGUCUUCUCUUUUGCGUAGUGGCCAUUUGGACAAGUGGGCUAUAUGCAUGUGUGUGUGUGUGUGUGUGGAGGAAUCAGGUAGGGCGCACACACACACACUGAAUGUGUAUGAGUAAAUCGAGGGCAAAGUGGAUGAGAAUUAUUUGCUUGAGCCUUUCAGGUAGGAGACGCCGCGGUGCGUCGAUGGGCAUAGCCCUUCAUGAUUGCGAAUAUGUAUGAUC